AAUCCAGGGCCGUGCAGUCCUUUACCUUCCUCGAAACUCCUCUCACCUGGAGCUUCCACUGUCCUUCACCACGCUUCCUCGGACCUCCCCCUGUCCACUCCCUCUACCUGGCUACCACCUCUGCGGAUAGGGGGGCAUCUGGUUUAACCUCCCCUCUGUGAAGAAACACUACCUGGCGCUUCAGCGGGGCACGGACGGCAGCCGAGCCCGCCGGAGACGCCGCCUCGAGAGAGCGCCUUCCAACCGUCGUUUUCCGUGUUUUUUUAAAAAACUGCAUCGCCGCCGCUGCUUGAGGUGAGGGCCAGCCUGCACCGAGGGGAAGACGAUUGUAAAUCAUCUUUUUAAAAAGAAACUCGACUUGUGAUCUCGCCGCAGCCGCCAGCGAACCGAGCGACGAUGGCCAGAGAAAAGUCCACGGACGAUGGUGGAGGAUGGAAGAAAUUCCUCUGGGAUUCCGAGAAGAAGCAGUUUUUGGGCAGGACCGGUGGUAGCUGGUUCAAGAUACUUUUAUUCUACUUGAUCUUUUACGGCUGCCUGGCUGGAAUCUUCAUCGGAACCAUUGAAGUAAUGCUACUUACUAUCAGUGAUUAUGAACCAAAAUAUCAGGACAGAGUUGCACCACCAGGUCUAUCGCAUACUCCGUAUAGUCCAAAAACAGAAAUUUCCUUUAGUGUUUCAAACCCCAGCUCCUAUGAAAAAUAUGUGUCUGGUUUGAACAAACUUUUGAAGCAUUACAAUGAAUCAAGUCAAGGUGGCCUCAAUCCUUUUGAAGACUGUGGCGAAACUCCUACAGGUUACAAAUAUAGAGGCCCAAUAGAUAAUUCAGACGGGAUGAAAAGUGUUUGCAGAUUUUUGCGCCAGUGGCUUAAAAAUUGUUCUGGAAUUGAUGAUCCUACUUAUGGCUAUGGAGAAGGCAAACCCUGCGUCAUUGCAAAGCUCAACAGGAUCGUUGGUUUCUAUCCUAAGCCUCCAAAAAAUAACACUGAUCUCCCUGGACCACUGCAAGCAAGUUAUAAUUCACAUAUUAUUCCUAUUCAUUGUGCAGCAAAGAAAGACGAAGACAAACACAAAAUUGGAAAUGUGGAAUAUUUAGGCCUUGGAGGAUUUGCUGGCUUUCCUUUACAGUACUAUCCAUACUAUGGCAAACGCCUGCAGAAAAAUUACCUUCAGCCCUUGGUUGGUAUUCAGUUUACCAACCUCACAUACAAUACGGAGUUGCGCAUUGAAUGUAAAGUGUUUGGUGAGAACAUUGAUUAUAGUGAAAAAGAUCGCUCUCAGGGGCGUUUUGAAGUAAAAUUUGAGGUUAAAAGCUGAUAACUGUAAUUGAAUUUGCCCCUUAUUACAAAUUAGUCUUGAACAAACUGUCAUACAUAUGGGACCGACACUUAAUCUGUAUGCUUUACACUAGCUUUCUGCAUCUAGGUAUGUAAAAUAAAAGCAAUAGUAGUACAUAUUUAUUCUACUGUAAAUGAUACUACUUGAGCCAUGGGUUUGCCCAUUACUGUAAAUUAUAAUUCCACUAAUGUUGUAGCAGUGUUUGUCCUUUGGGUAUUGCUGCCUUGUGCCUCGUGUGGGUUUGAGUGUACAGUACUGUAGUGCAUUCACUGGUCUUUCAAGCUAUGUUGCAGUUUUUUAAGCAAACGGCUUUCCAAGUUGUAAAUACUCUGAAAAUUGCAAUGGUACUUCAUUUCUGUUAUACCCAUGUGUAUGAACAUACUGCACUCUUUUUUUUUGUCAGGUGGGUGGUUAGGCUUUUUUUCUUUUGGCAACAUUAGUGCAGGGUGGGUUUUAUUACACUUAGAUCGGAAGCUGAAACAGAAUUAUGUUGAGAUCUUGGUCUGGUUGUCAAGUUACUUUCUGGAGCCAUCACGUCAUUGUCUUUGAAUGCUUUAACCAGUUCUGGUGAAAGAUUUUAUAUUUAUGCAGUUGUACAAUUUUUCUGCAAAGUGUAAUGUAUAAAAGAUACCAAAGUCACUGGUAAAAUCAUCUUUAUUUGAAGUAAACCAAUGCAGUAGGAUGUUCAUGUUAAAUGCAAGUGCAAUGUAACAUCUGUAAACUUGUUUGGAGAAUAGUGCUCCACACCUGAUUUAAAGCAUCAGAAAAAUAAAAAUCUAAGAACCCA